AUGAGCAGCGGACCGAAGAAAAACGAAAAUGGAGUCGAGGAGCAGACAUCAGGAAUGGACUACAUAUCCAGUUUUGACAUUAGGCUCAAUAAGGAUGUUUACUAUGCUGGCGAGACAAUCAGUGGCAGCGUACUUCUGGAAAACACGGAGAAUAUCAAGAUUCGUGGAAUUCGGGUUCUUUUGAGAGGAAAGGUACAUGCGACACUGAAAGUUGUCAAGUCUGGAGAGCGGAGAACGUUGAAAGAUGAUCAGUAUGUACUAGACGAAAAGCAGCUGUUAUGGGGAAAAGACAAAAACGACGAAUCAGACAGCGUGCCGAUCCUUGCCCGUGGCGUCCAUCAAUUCUCGUUUAAUUUUGAUCUACCACAAUCUUCACUUCCGUGCUCUCUGGAGAGCCGACACUGUACUAUUCGAUAUUAUUUCAAGGUCAUCAUCGACAUUCCAUAUGCAUCAUCACCACAGGGAAUCAAGUAUUUUACAAUCAUCGGACCACAUAUCGAUAGUAUGGAGGAGAAAUAUCUGAGUCCACUGACCGCCCAAGAUCGGAAAGUUACAUGUUGCUGGUGCUGUCAACGCGGCGCACUUGCACUUCGAAUCAUUCUGGAAAGGACGGCAUACGUGUGCGGAGAGAAUAUCCGUGUACGAGCGCAAAUCGAGAAUCGGCAGUCAUCGGCACAAAGUCUCGUUAUUCGUCUGGUUCAACAUGUCGAGGUUUUUGUGGAGAAGGGACUGCUCGGAGAGAAUAAGAUGAUGUCAUGUGUGGUGUUCGAGCACAAAUCCCCAGCCAUUGCUGCGAAUUCCCAAGGAAAAUACGACUCUACUCUGGAACAACCAAUCCGUCUUCCAGUUGUUCCUCCAACCCUUGUUGGAGUUUGUCGUCUGAUCCAGAUCUACUAUGUUCUGAGAGUCUGCAUGGAAGACGAGAAGGGAAACGAAUGUCUUCAUCUCGACUUUCCAUUGACCGUUGCUACACUCCCAUACCGUAUCCCGAAUACUCAGCCACCUCCUGUUGAUUACGAUUUCUGUUCCAACCACGUGGAAGGAGGAAAAUACGUGUCACCGGAAUUCCGAUUAGGACAAGUUUACGAUGGAGAGGGUGAAGAGAUCAAUAAGGAGGAAGAGAUUGUUCUGUAUCGUCCGGUUUAUGUGAAGUUGGCUGAUAGACGUAUUGGAUCGCCACACGUUACAAAGGACUUCAGAUCGGGAUCGUUCACUCGAAUUGCUGACACCAGUUUGGCACUGGUCACCGAACCGAAUGGAUCUCGUCGUCGAUCCAUUAUCAUCGCAUCCAAUCCAUGUUUGGCUAUGCGAGACGAAUCGAUGGAUGAAAAAUUGAUGAUGACCGGGCUAAAUGGAAGUAAUUCUGAGGGAGAUCCAUUGGUGGCCUAG